CACACCGCUACAUUUAUUAUAAAUCCAAACGUUAGCGCAACGUUGUUGGUACGCUUUGAAAAUAUCUUUGUUUUGAUUUUAUAAACCACAAUUUCCAUCCACUAAAAUCAAGAUGAGUAAGGCCCAUCCACCAGAGCUUAAGAAGUACAUGGAGAAGAAGCUGACAUUGAAACUCAAUGGAGGAAGGCAGAUCACAGGAAUUCUUAGAGGAUUUGACCCAUUUAUGAAUUUGGUGGUGGAUGAAAGUAUAGAAGACUGCAAAUCAGGAGAAAAGAAUUCUAUUGGAAUGGUGGUUGUCCGAGGGAAUAGCAUCAUCUUACUGGAGGCACUGGACCGUGUAUGAUGGUUCCAUCUGACAGCUUAGUGUGGAGAGUGGAUGUCAGCAGUGUAGAAGUGGAAGCGACAGAUGUGUGGAAACGAGUGAUGGACACAAGGGAAAAAUAUGGAAAAGUUGAAAGCAAACUUGAUCAUUUGACAUGUUACAUUCAUCUCAUUAUAUUGUCGAUAUUAACAUGUACAGAGACACAUUUUGUGAAGUUUUUUUUAUGGAUCUUUGUAUCUGUUCUGUUCAGUGUAUGAUAAACUUUUUAAUUCAUCAUGUUUCAAUUUGUCUUUUCUUCAGAAUAAAUAGUAGAUAAAUAAUAGUUCAGAUGGAACAGCAUAAUUUCUGACGAUUUUAUACCUUUUGUUUUGAGAAGAAAGUGCAUUCAGAUUCAUAUAAAGAGAAAAGUGUUGGAGUACAGUAUAUUGUAUGGAACUCUGAUAGAUGAUCUUAGAAUUCAUUAGGUGUGAAUUAAUGUUUGAUAUUGUUUCUGUGUACCAUUGAUUGUUUU